CCAGGCAGCGCCGCCAUGCAGCGGCUCCCGGCCGCCCCGCGCCGCUGAUCGCCGCCGCCGCCCGCGCCGCCAUGAACUUCCAGGGCGGGCCGGGGCAGAGCCCGCAGCAGCAGAGCCUGGCGGCGCCCGGCGGGCCGGUGCCGGUGCCGGGCCCCUCGGGGCCGCAGCCCGGCGGGCCGCCGCCGCCGCAGUUCGGCCUCUCCAACUCGGCGGCCAUCCGCGCCGAGAUCGGGCGCUUCGAGUCGGUGCACCCCAACAUCUACGCCAUCUACGACCUCAUCGAGCGCGUGGAGGACCUGGCGCUGCAGAGCCAGAUCCGCGAGCACGUCAUCUCCAUCGAGGAUUCAUUUGUGAACAGCCAGGAAUGGACCCUGAGUCGCUCAGUGCCUGAGCUGAAAGUGGGCAUUGUGGGGAAUCUGUCCAGUGGCAAGUCGGCCCUUGUGCACCGCUACCUGACUGGCACCUAUGUGCAGGAGGAGUCUCCAGAAGGUGGCCGAUUUAAGAAGGAGAUCGUAGUGGAUGGUCAGAGUUACUUGCUGCUGAUUCGCGAUGAAGGGGGCCCCCCUGAACUGCAGUUUGCUGCCUGGGUCGAUGCUGUGGUGUUUGUCUUCAGCUUGGAGGAUGAAAUCAGCUUCCAGACAGUAUAUAACUACUAUCUGCGGCUCUGCAGCUACCGGAACACAGCGGAGGUGCCGAUGGUGCUGGUAGGCACACAAGAUGCCAUCAGUGCCACAAAUCCCCGAGUCAUUGAUGAUUCCCGAGCACGGAAGCUCUCCAAUGAUUUGAAACGCUGCACGUACUAUGAGACCUGUGCUACCUAUGGACUGAAUGUGGAGCGAGUCUUCCAGGAUGUGGCUCAGAAGGUGGUGGCUCUACGGAAGAAACAGCAGCUUUCCAUCGGUCCCUGCAAGUCCUUGCCCAAUUCACCCAGCCAUUCGUCUGUCUCUGCGGCCUCGAUUCCUUCUGUUCACAUCAACCAGGCAACCAAUGGUGGAGGAGCUUUUAGUGACUACUCCUCCUCUGUGCCCUCCACACCGAGCAUCAGCCAGCGGGAACUACGGAUUGAGACCAUUGCUGCCUCCAAUACACCCACCCCCAUUCGCAAGCAGUCCAAGCGGCGCUCCAACAUAUUCACGUCUCGAAAGGGCGCAGACCCGGAGCGAGAAAAGAAGGUGCCGGAGUGUAAAGCUGACAGUAUCGGCAGCGGGCGGGCCAUUCCCAUGAAGCAGGGCAUUCUCCUCAAACGCAGUGGCAAGUCUCUCAACAAAGAGUGGAAGAAGAAGUACGUGACGCUAUGUGACAACGGAGUCCUUACCUACCAUCCCAGCCUGCAUGAUUACAUGCAGAACGUCCACGGGAAGGAAAUUGAUCUGCUGAGAACAACGGUGAAAGUGCCAGGCAAACGGCUACCCAGGGCAACAACGGCAGCAGCACCCAGUGCCAGCCCCAAAGCCAAUGGACUGGCAAAGGAGAGGAGCAGCACUCAGCUCACGGGAAGCACAGGUGCUCCCCAUUCAACCAGCAGCACCUCGCUGCACUCAGAGCGGUCCAUCAGCGGCAUCAACCUGGUGGGCUUCAGCUCCAAGCCAGACGGCAUGCACCAGCGCUCCUACUCCGUCUCCAGCGCGGACCAGUGGAACGAGGCCGUGGCCAUCCCCAGCAGCUGCCCCAACCCCUCUAAUGGCACUGCCGAUUCUCUCAGCUCCAGCCCAAACAUUUCCAAUGCUGCCAGCCCGAAGCUGGAACCACCUCCGUCACCGCAUGCAAACAGGAAGAAACAUCGCAGGAAAAAGAGCACAGGAACCACUCGGCCUGAUGGCCCCAGCACAGCAGCAGAAGAACCAGAUGAGCCAUUUGAGUUCAUUAUCGUAUCCCUGACGGGCCAGACGUGGCUCUUUGAGGCCUCAACAUCAGAGGAGCGAGAGCUUUGGGUCCAGGCCAUUGAGAGCCAGAUCCUGGCCAGCCUGCAGGGCUGUGAGAGCAGCAAAAAUAAGGCUCGUCUGGGCAGCCAGAGCGAUGCACAGGCCAUGCAGGCCGUCCGCACUGCACGUGGGAACAGCUUCUGUGUGGACUGCGAUGCACCAAAUCCGGACUGGGCAAGCCUGAACCUGGGCUCCCUCAUGUGCAUUGAGUGUUCUGGGAUCCAUCGUAACCUGGGCACCCACCUGUCCCGUGUGCGCUCCUUGGACCUGGAUGACUGGCCCAGUGAGCUUCUCAUGGUCAUGACGGCCAUUGGCAACGCCCUUGCCAAUGCUGUUUGGGAAGGAGCAGUGGAAGGCUACCCCAAACCCACCCCUGAGAGCAGCCGGGAGGAGAAGGAGCGCUGGAUCCGGGCCAAGUAUGAGCAGAAGCUCUUCCUGGCUCCCCUGCCUCAGUCGGACAUCCCCCUGGGGCAGCAGCUGCUGCGGGCGGUGGUGGAGGAUGACCUGCGCCUUGUGGUGACGCUCCUGGCCCACGGCACCAAGGAGGAGGUGAACGAGACCUAUGGGGAUGGGGACGGACGCACAGCGCUGCAUCUCUCCUGCGCCAUGGCCAACGUGGUCUUUACACAACUGCUCAUCUGGUACGGGGUGGACGUGAAGAGCCGGGACGCCCGGGGGCUCACCCCGCUGGCCUACGCCCGGAGGGCCGGCAGCCAGGAGUGCAUCGACAUCCUGCUGCAACAUGGCUGCCCCGGUGACAGCGCCGGCACCACGCUGACGCCCAGCCUGCCCCGCCGCAAUGCCAACGCCAACAACAACGCCUGCGCCGCCGAGCUGGGCCCCAGCCCCAGCGCCAUCUAGCUCCCGGCCUGCUGGGAGCCGGGGCCGCCGGCGUGGCGUCACCGACCCCCCGGGGCCGGGGCAGCACCAGCUCUGUGCCUGGUGCCGGGGGUGCUGCCGUGUCCUGCGGGCACGCAGGGACCGGUGCGCCCUCAGCAUGGGGGUGGUGGUGCCCAUGCCCCCGCUCGCAGGUGAUGCAGGGUGGGGGGCUCCGCCGGGUGCCGCGGGCAGGGGCUGCUCGCUCCCCGCCGUGCCGCAGCCGCCCAGGCCCUUGCUGCCAACUCUGCCCCACUCUGGGGUCCUGAGCCCCUCGUGGCGCUGCGAGGAUGGCGCUCUUGGCUCCACGCGGCACGGACGGGGACAGGGACGGGGACGGCUCCACGAGCCCUGUCGCCAGUGCCACUCCGCCGCCUUCCGCCCCGGUGAUCCUCUGGCCGGGUCUGUGUGUCCACCUGGGUGCAAGCCCCGAAGCUGUACGUAGGGUCUCUGUCAGAGCACCGCACCAGCCCCGCUGCUGCCCGGCAGGGCUGGUCUCUGGCCGAGCGGGCUAGGAGCAGCGAGGUCUUCCUGGUGUCCGGGCUCACCGGCAGCCGAGCACUGGAGCCCGAGGCUUGGGACGCUGCUGCAGAGGGUCCCUGUCACUUGUGUAUAAAAUGUACAUUGGAAAUAUUUAUAUGGACACUCUGUAUAUACUGUUACUCGCCAUGAGUUGCCCUGUGUGUGUGACCCGCAGCCAAGGAGAUAAAGGCCAAUAAAGCAACCCACCUCCCGCCA